AUGGCUGAAGCUUUUGGGAUUGCGUCCGGGUUGGUCGGGCUGGCUGGCUUUGCUUUUCAAACUAGCAAAUCACUCUACCAAUUGGUUGAAAGCUUCAAAUCUAGCAAAAGGGCAAUCAGAGAUCUACGAGAUGAGUUACAGUCACUCAACGAUGUUCUUAAGACUUUAAAGGGCACGGCGGCCGAACUCGAAGACGAACUAGAUGCCUUGAAGCAGCCACUGUUGCGAUGCGGCAGAAUAUGCCAAGAAUUCGAAGAGAUUCUGAAAAGUUGUACAAGCCAUUCCGGUGUCGACCGGACGAGCUUCCGUGAUUGGGCAAAAUUGCGGUAUAUGGGUGGUGAUAUAAACAAUCUCAGAACAACACUGGCCGGAUACAAGGCGACAAUCAGUAUCGCCCUUGGAAGCGCCACUUUUCGUCACGCCGCAGUCACUAGCAAUGUUCUUGAUGAAUUUAAGCGGAUGAUUGAUGAAGCUACAUCAGAUCUUCAGGACCAUUUGCAUGAGAUCUACGAAAACCUACAGUUGCUUAAUGAAGCUAGCGAGGGCCCUCUGAGCUCAGACUUAGAUUCUAGAGUGAUUGAAGAAGAAAAGCAGAGCACAGAGCAAUGCUUGGAUAUUUGUGCCCAAGCCUCGGAAUAUAUUGAAAGCCUGCAGGCUGGCAUGUUGCACGACUCAGUCUCUACGCGCGAUCUACCUGCCGAGUCCGCCCAUAAGGAAAAUGUGGAACCACAACACGCUAAGAAGGUCACGGCAGCCAUGUUUCACGACUUUCAGUUGAAGCUCAAUGCCAAUUCGAAUUCCCUCGAAUCAAGGUUAGCAGAACUAAGAAGUCGCUUGGCAGAAGCUCAAAAGCGUCAAAAGAUUUCCAAGGACGAAGCCACUAGGUUGGAAACGAUGCAAGAGGAAAAGGAUAGCGUCGAACAGUGUUUAAAUAUCUGUGCCGACGCAUCUGAUCUGGCAGGGAGCGCCCGAAUUAAUUCUUUUGAAGAUGUCAAUUCAGCCGACGACUCACGCCAGUUAAUAGUCUCAACCAUCGGGGACCUGAUAUCGGCAAAACGUAUUGUCACAGGUAACCGGUCUGAACAAUGGCUAGGGCAGAUGUCGGACGAUACAAUUAGACAUUUAUCACAAACUCCCAGAACAGUUGUUGGGAACCUGGGAGAGUCGAAAGAAGGGACAAGCCAAGAAAAGAAUACGGAGUUUCACAACCGGUGGGGUGCAGGUUAUCCGCUUAAGACUAAAUCUGAGGAAGGCCACGCUAGCUUUAGUCGUUAG